UGUCAUUUAAAAAAAAAUGUUAACGUGAGAUUAGUUUGAUUAUAAAAAUCAAGCUAGUCGUCACACGUAUUUUUUAGAACACCUUGUUAUUCUCAAUUUGUGCCAUGAUGAACACGAAAUACGCAAUUUUUGUGCUACUAAUUUCAACAGCCUCUGUGCUGGCUGCCGUCGACACUGAUCGUGACUUGAACUCUGACAUUGUGUCGGCUCAAACUAAGUUGGGAAGUUUCAUCAAUGAGGCCAUUAAAUUCCGCACUACUUAUCAACUCAUUUUGGAAGCAGACGUCAGGCUGGAAGUCCACAACAACUUUGAGCAAAUUUAUUCUUUGAUGCAACAACUGCAGGUGGAUCAAGCGACCAUUGACAAUAUUAAAGCCAGUGCUAAUCAAGACGUGGCAGUUUUUGCGUUGGAAACAUCAAAUCUGGAUGACGCAAAUCUUCUCCUAAUUAAUGACGCAUACCUUAUCAACGUUGACCUGAGAACAGCUGACCUUGGAAGUGCCAACGAAACGUUCUACCAGUGGAACAAUGAUAUCGACCUUUUCAACCGGAGAUACACAAUCUACCUCGUUUCUUUGCAAAUCAUUGGCAACUCAAUAGAGCUUCAGGUUGUUUCUGCAAUCACUGGAUUGGACGGGCCUGAGGUCACUGCCAUUUACAGUCUUUUGCAGAAAACCAACGACCGAAUCAAUGCAGAUGCUGAGCUAAUGCAGAGGGAGCUGGUUUUGUACAAUAAUUACAUAACAGAGGCAAUAUUGGCUGUUUACAGCCUCUUGCAUUAAAUCAUGAAAUUGUAACGUGUUGGAAGAAUGCUGAACGAGCGAAUUAAAUAAAUGGAAGGUUAAUGUCA